CAUAGCAACUGUUAUCAAGGUAGCACUGAUGAAGCCAGUGAAUAAAUUACAGCAGAAUUAAUAUUUGACGGCUUGUUGAGCUUGGAGGGGCACUGUUUCCUGAGCUUGUAAUGAAAUAUUGAGGCACUCCAGUUCUAAGAUGGCAUUAGCAAGUGGACAUUGGAUUAGGAAAGAAGCGACUGGGGAACCUCCAAAUCCUAGACAUGGGCAUGCACUGGCGAUUGCAGGAAAUAUCGCAUUUAUAUUUGGAGGAUGUGCCUUUCAUAACACUGCUGAUGAUCAGCCAACAUAUUUCAAUGACUUCUACAUGUUGACAAUUACACCUGCUGAUUUGACUUGGGAAAGAAUACCACAGGAUGGACAUAUUCCUUCUUCAAGACAAGGACACUCACUUUGCAUAGUAAAAGGCAAGAUAUAUUUAUUUGGAGGUUGUUCAAGCAAGAAUGCUGAAUGCUGCCUUCCAGGAAUCUAUACAUUUGAUCUUGGUUCUUUAACUUGGGAGAAGAUAACAACCAAUGGUAUUGCACCUCAGACUCUCAAACAUAGCUCAGCUGUAGUAGGUGAAAACAUCUACAUAUAUGGUGGCAUACAGUGUGGAAAAGCUGUUGAUGACCUCUAUGUGUUCAAUACAGUAUCCCAAAGCUGGACCCCAGUCAAAACAUAUGGUUUGGCCCCUGGAGCAAGGUCAGGCCAUGCUUUUGCAACUAUUGGAGAAAUCAUCUACAUGUUUGGAGGCUGCUCCAAUGAAGAUGAGUAUUGUACUGAUAUCUUUGCAUUGGACACAGUAUCUUUAACAUGGCAAAAGUGUGAAGUCAAAGGAGAACAGCCUGUUGGAAGGUCAGAUCAUACAUUUACAGCACAUCAUGAUAAGGACAUUUACUUGUUUGGAGGAACGUCUGUAUCUAAUGACGGUAGUAAAAUACUAAAGAAUGAUAUUAUGAAGUUAAGUUUAGCACGGAUGAAAUGGAAGAUGCCACUUUAUGUUGGGAUCCCUCCUCCUUGCAGACAAAACCAUGUGGCAUUUAUUCUUCAUAGCCAUCUCUACAUCUUUGGUGGAGUAAAUGAAAAAGAAUUCAAUGAUCUCGUGGCAAUGAAACUGAUAAAUCCUUCAGACAGACAGCCUAUAAUGAAGGAAAUUUUUUCAGAAUUGGGAAUACAAGGAAUAAGUAACAGGUUUACACCCACCAAAAUCCCCAAAGUGAAAUAUGAAUUAACAGACUCCCCUUUGGUGACUGAAUCAGUUUCUCCACCACCUCCUGUUCCAACAGCUCAGCUCCAAGAUUUCCAUUCUGUGCGUAACCAAGCAAUGGACAUGAUCACAAGAGCCUUUGCUUUGCUGGACAAUGAAUUUCAAAAGCUCGACGUGGCGAAAGCUGAAUUAACCCAGGCAACAAUGAUUUUCCAACUUGAAAAGGAGCAGUACAGCAUACAUUUUAAAAAGCAACGGAAGGAGCUACAAGAGAUGCUGGAAAAACACAAGGCCCAAAAUGAAGCAUGGCUCAGUGCCAGAGCAGAAGAAAAUGACAAGGAAAGGAAAGAACUCUACAAACUGAGGGAGGAAAUUCUCCAUGACCAGGAAAGGCUGAGAGAUGAACAGCAAAGCAUUCACCAACGCAAUCAGCAGCUCUUUUCUAUAAUGCAGCAGUUCAAAGGAAUGUGAGCAGUUUGCUGAACAAAGCCUGAUCACAUGCUCCCGAUCACAGCAACAACAUAGCGCCACCUGAACCACUGAGCUCUUAUGUCUAGUGUAACAAAGAUCCAGUUCCCAUACAGACUGCAAUCUGAUCUCAUUAAGUUCAAUCCUAGGGCCAUGGCACAAUUAAAUUCCUACCCACUUUUAAAAACAUGACAUGUCUCCAAGUCAAUGUUCUCUUUCCACCCCCCACCCACCCCCAAAAAAGAGAGCCAAUAAGUCUCCUGUAUUUACAUAUUUUUUAUGCCUGAUAUGGUAAAAUAAUGACCAGAAGGAAUAUAAGUACUCUCUAUACACUUGUAUGCACUUCAGUGUAUAUGUUUGUUUUUAUAAAAAAUAAAUGUUUGGAAUAUUGGAUUUUCUUAAGUGGUGAGAUUAUGAAAUUAUGAACGAGAUUAUGGAAACCUCUGCUUCAAUCCUAAUUUGGUGGCUGUGAAUUUUUGAAACUUUGCAAUAGUACCCAGAACUAGGGAGAACACAUAACUUUAGAAAAAUAGGAUUGAUAAAGGAAGUGCAUAUAAAGAAAUUGUUGCUUUGUAGAUGCUUUUCGUAUCUCUGAUCUCUGUGUAUGCAUCCUGUUUUCUUUUUCUUUUACAUAUUUACUUUUCUGAUAGAACAUUCUUCAGGUUUCCAGUAAAAUUCUACAAAGAGUUUCAU